GGACGGGGUGCGUGGAUGUAUGGUAUGUAUGGUAUGUAUGGUUUCCUACGUCCUUCGACUUCGACUUCAACUUCAACUUCAUCCGUAUAUCCCUUUUUCCUCGAUCCCUCCGCUGUGACGGUGCCUGCAACUCCGCUUCAUGACCCUCCUGCGUCCGCCAUGAGGCCGCCCGUACCCGAUCUCGCGCCCCCCAGGUCCCGCAAAUCUCCCUCGCCCGACCAGCGGUGGAUCGAUCCCCGCAGCGCUGUCCCCGCGACGUUCUUUCUGGCCCGCAGUCACCAGCAUCCUGGCGAAUCUCCACCCGAUGAGUUGGGCCCCGCGGGAGAUAGCAUGUAUGGCGUCCAGAGCCUCGACGAAACCGUCCAACACGCCAAUCUGGCUGCAUCCCGCUGGGAGUCCGACCACGCGCAAACCAUUUCCGAUCCCUUGUCUCCUGGUCCAGACGAACCGUCCGCUCGUCGCAAAUCGACCAUCACCCCCUUCGAUUCGCUCCAUCUCGACCACCUUGGGCCGUCAUUGCCUUCCUCCAACCCGACCUCCCCACGCCCUUUGACCCCCUUGAACCUCGAUGUCCCCGAUGAUCCCGCCUCUCUGCCCAGCAGCCCCAAGUCCAUUUCCAAUCAAUCGAUGCGACAUCUCGAUGAAAUCUCCAUCACCGAUGACCUGAGUAGUCAGGCGAUGGCGUCGGGGGAGGAGGAUGAGGACCUCCGCCCGCCGUCUAGCUCGGGCCCCGAUAGUACCUCCCAGCUGAUAAUGCCCAGCAUCAGGAUGCCCAGUCGGAGACCGUUCACCGACCAUGGAAAGACCAUGGGACGCCUGAAAGUGCUCGUAGCGGGGCCCCCCGGUUCCGGGAAGACCUCCCUCGUCAAGGCCAUCGUGCAGACCUGCGAAGAUAUUGUCCAUGUUGAUCCCUUCCCCUCCCCACCUCCCUCGAAGCCCUCCAGACCCAACAUGCCCCAAAACCUGCCACCCGCUGUUUCGGAAAUCUAUGCUAGUACAAAACCGUACCCCGUCUGGUGGUCGGACCUGGAAGACUCGCGUGUCUUGCGACGGCGAAAGAGUAUCGGUGACCUAGUACUGGAGCGUAACAUCUGCUUUGUCGAUACGUCGGCCAAUUCCUCGACCCGUACUGGACAGACCGAUGCCAUCAUUCACUACAUGCAUCAGCAGCUUGUCCGGGCCAUGACAUCGCUUCACCGUCCCAACCACGAUUUUCAGAGCAUGCUCGCAGGCAAUGGCGGCGCCCAAGUGGAUGCCAUCCUGUUUCUCAUCUCCGAGGAAACACUUUCCGUAGACAUCGAUUGCAUGCGCAAGCUCAGCGAAUGGACAAAUGUCAUUCCCGUAAUACCCAAGUCAGAUCUCCUAGUACCGGACCAGCUUCACGCCCUCAAAUCCGCUUUCCACAGUAAAGUGCAGGAUGGCGCUGUCAAGCCCUUCCUGUUUGGAGAUGCGUUCCCUGGGGACACCGAUGAAGUGAACGGUCGGUUGCCCUUUGCUACCUCGUCCGCUAAGUCUAGCGAUGACGACAUGAUGGAUGCCAGCACCUUGAUGAGUCCGGACUAUGUCCAGCCGUUGGUCGCGUCGGAAUUGGCUCUCUUAACCCAACGAUUGUUUGAUCGCGAGAACAUGGCCUGGAUCCGCCAUCUAGCCGCCAAGAAGCUUGCUCAACGGCAGAGUACGGUCCCAAGUGGCCCGCUAUCGUUUGUUCCCGGCACCGGCGGCCGUGCCCUUCCCAACUAUACCAUGUCCCGGAUUUCCGACUACACCUGCCACGAGGAGAAUCUGGCUCAGGUCCAGCUGGCGCGCUGGGCCUCGGACCUGCAGCAAAGCAUCCAAAACGAACGGGAGCGAUACGCUGCCAUGGCCCGAGGGGAGCGUGCUGUCUGGCUGACGGAACGGCUGGGCGAGUGCGUGGUGGACGGAUCGCUGGUGCCCAUCACGCAAACCCCGGGUUUUUGUGGCCUUCGUGCCCCUACGGAGAAGACGGGCGCCCUACUCGUUCGAGCCCAGUCCGGACAGAACCUGGAGUAUCAUCUCACACGAAUUAGUCCCCAGGAUCCACUUGGCCUUGUCAGGUGGUCGGAGGGUUUCAAACAACGAGGGUGGGCCCUCGUCCAGAUCGUCGGCAGUUUUGGCGUCGUAGGAGGGCUGGCCCUCUGGCUUGCAAAGUCCUGGGGAUUGCCGUCGCGAAGUCUGUCGGACUGGCAAAUUGAUUGAUCUACUUAGUCCCAAUGAUGAAGCCCUCGGGCUAUCUAUCCUACAUACAAGCCGGUUCGCGAGUCGGCCUUUGCCACUUAAUGUUCCUCCCACCUCUUCUGUUAUCACGACCCUAACUCAUGCCGGGGAUUUAUUGGCAUAAUGGU